AAACAAUGCUUUAUCGUCUUUUAGAUUUAAAUACCUACCUAAAUAAGAUACAAUAUAAUGUUUAUUUGUAACUCUAUUUAAUUGUAACUCUGACCUUAUUAUCUCAUUAAAGGAUUGUAUAAAAUAACUUAUUCCUCAUUUAACCAGUGAUUAGUAUAUCGUGUAUUUUAGCCAUACUGUUAGCGCUACAAUGAAGGAGCGUUUUAAUUAUUUUAUGUUAUUGUUUUUUGUAUUUUUUACUGGAUGUAAUUGUAAAUAUGGCUUUAUUACGUGGGUAAAUAACAAAGCGGAGGUAUCUUUGACCGAUUACUAUGCUGAUAUCCCGGAUUUGCACGUAGCUAAGGCUACUUAUCGCAAUGAAAUAAACAAUACUGGUUGGGCAUACUUGGAGUUGCACACAUCGGCAGACUCCAGUGAUGAGAAACAGGCAUACGCUGCCGGGUACCUCGAGGGCUUCCUCACCAGGGACCUUAUAUGGAUGCACUGGCAGAACAUGCUUAAGGGUUAUUGUUACAAUAAAACUGAUGUAUGUGGGCUGAUAGAAGACUUUGUGGACAAAAAUGAGGCCUACAUCUCCUCUAUGGUGCAGAAAAAUCCCAAUGAUCCAUACUGGUAUCAGAUGAAACUGUACUAUAUUCAGUUGGAGGGACUGGCUGUAGGGUACAAUGAGGCCACCACUAACGCGUACGAGCUGCUCACGAUUAGGGAUAUUAUCUGGAUCAAUAUGCUGGGUGACUUGGACGAGCUGGCAUUCGCCCUGUCGAUGUCGAAGGUGUCUCCGGAUGGGAUGCUGUUCCCUGAGCACUGCACCGGCCUCGUCAAGCUGUUGCCCGAUCUCAGCAAUUUGUACACUUCACACGUCACGUGGAACAGCUACCAGUCUAUGCUGCGGUUCCAGAAGAUGUACGUGCUCCGGUACCACGUGUCGCCGCGCAGCCAGCGCCGGAUCCCUGGAUACAAGAUGUCGCUAUCGUCGUACCCAGCCUUCGUGCAGUCCACAGACGAUUUCUACAUAAUAUCAUCGGGCCUGGUGGCCGCCGAGACGACCAUCGGCAACAGCAAUCGGACACUGUUUAAACUCGUCCAGCCAGUCGGCCAGAUCCUGGAGUACGCGAGAGCGAUGGUGGCGAACCGCUUGGCGCGUAAUGGCAAAGAGUGGGUCGAGAUAUUUCGGAGACACAACAGCGGCACCUACAACAACCAGUGGUACAUAGUGGACUACAACAAGUUCAAGGCGAGCACGGCAAACACGAAGGGCUCCGUGCAGCCCGGCCUGCUGUGGAUAAUCGAGCAGCUGCCCGGGUAUACGGAGGCGGCCGACCUGACUGAGCAGCUGGUGAGCACGACGUACUUCCCGUCGUACAAUAUCCCGUACUUCCCGGCCGUAUUCAACAUGAGCGGCGGCAACGAGCGCGUGCGGACGCACGGCGACUGGUUCGGCUACCACACCAACCCCAGGGCCAAGAUCAUCAAGCAGAAGCAGGCGUCGAUCCGCGACCUGCGCGGCAUGUACGCGACGAUGCGCUACAACGACUACAAGCACGACCCGCUGUCGCGGUGCGCCGCCUGCCGCCCGCCGUACAGCGCCUGCAACGCCAUCGCCGCCAGGAACGAUCUCAAUCCCGCCAACGGCACGUACCCGUUCAGCACGCUGGGCCACCGCAGCCACGGCGCCACCGACGCCAAGGUGACGAGCGCGCAGCUGCGGACCGCGCACCAGUUCGUCGCCGUCGCCAGCCCCACGCACGACAUCUCCAGGGGCGUGCCGCCCUUCGCAUGGAGCGAGUUCGACAUGGGCCCGCACAUAACGCACAUAGGCCACCCCGACCUGUGGAUGUUCCCGCCUGAGCUCCACCGCUGGGAGUGGGCGUAGCUGGAUCUGAGCUUUAUCUCGACCUACUUAGCUGAGUGACAUGUACCCAGUGAAGGAUAAUUAUGUUAUAUGUGUUAUACAUAUCAAGUAUUUCAUGGUGAUAUUUUUUGUAUAUUUCUGUGGUUCAAUUCCCAUAAAAUAAAUAGUAAUAGAAAUCUAAAGUCAU